GACAGGUAUAAAUAUAAAUAAAAUGUAGAGGUUAAGCAAAAAUCUGAAAGUUCAGAACGAUAUAAACCCAAUAAAUUAAACGGAAAUCUGUAUGUUUAAUUAGUUUAUGAGGACUUUUCUUUAGCAGGAUAAUAGCAAUGUAUUCUUUUUUAAACCGUUCCUUGUACCGAUAUUUAAGAGUUAGUACUGAAAUCCCUAGACAGUGUAAGCAAAAAUUUCACGAAAAGGCAAUUACUUUUGACGAUACUUUAGAUGAAUUUACUUCACAACUUACACAGAAAAAAGCAAAUAAAUGGAAUAUACAGAAAGACCCCAAAAAGCCAAUGAAUGACUGUUUAUCGAAUACAGAAAUAAAUAAUACCUUGAGUGAGUUAAAAGAUUAUUCUAUAGAGAAAAUAAACCUACUUUUCAAGGACUGCAUAGAACUAGGUAACAAUUUGGAUUUAGUAAACUUAACAAGACAGUGUAUAGAAUAUCGGAAAUGCCCAUCCUUAUCAAAUCUUACGCAUAUACUUACACUAUGUGCACAGGAAGGAGAUAAAAAUUUGAUAAUUUUACUCGACGAACUCUGUGAAGAAUUUCACCCAGAUAUUGCGAAAGCCAAUUCAAACUUUAGGCACUAUUUAGCAGAAGCAAUUUGGGUCAAAGGAAAUAUACUGGAAUCACUAAAAAUGUUUAAAGAGGUGUAUAGCGAAAAUGCUUUUUUGAGAAGACGAAUAAGACUAGUAUUUAAGUUUUUGACACAAGACAUUAUCUCUACUCGAAGCGAAGCAGCUUUAAUAAAUAUUGUUAAAUUUGCCGAAGAACUUCUAAGAGAAUACAAAGAUUUCUUUCCAUUGGCUUGUGUUUGGCAAUCAUGUUUUUUAAGUGAGUGGUUUACAGAUCAGUGCCUUGCUUUACAAUUACUAGAAAUGAAUGAAGGAUUGUGUAAAGCUGUAGUUAAUAGGGUUCCAUAUGUAGUAACGAUUUCUUUAAGUAGUCACAGAACUGAUGUUGUAUAUAGGCUAUUGGAACUAUUACUUAAAUAUGAAAUGAAACUGCAGUACAGUAGUGUACUUUCAGCUCUUUUAGAUUAUCAAAUUUCCCGAGGGGAUCUCAGAAGUAGUUCUGAAAUAAUACAAUGGUCUAUAAAUAAUAAUGUUCAACUACCAGCAUAUCAGAAUAAACGGUUUUUGGAUUUGUUUCUUCAUAAAAACAAAGAAAGUUCUAAGUUGUUGGAACUGGUGAAUACAAUCAAAUCGGAUAAGGUCAAAAGAGAUCUUAAAUUUUAAAUAAAAAUCUUUUCUAUUACUUAAUUUUUGUUUAAAAUAUCAACUAAAAAAAAGUAUACAGUUUUUUUAAUAGAUCUAUAUUUAUUACCACAGUACAACUAGUACAACAAAAAAUGUACAAAACUUAAUAAAAAUUAUAAAUCACA